AUGGACCCAGAACCCCAAAAUUCGGAAAAUAGCGAUUCUGUCUUUGUUUGGGACGAAAAAUCGCAGCUUUACUUCCACGCCAGUAGUGGAUUUUAUCAUGACCCUAGUGCUGGUUGGUACUAUAACACCACUGAUGGUGUUUAUUACAAAUUUGAGGAUGGGAAUUAUGUACCUUUAGAUUCCAAUAAGGAUAAUUGUGAAGAAACCUAUGUGUGCAUGGAAACCAAACCCGAAAGCCCUAAGCAAAUACAUGACAUUAACAAUGAGGAUUGUUACACUUCCUUUCGCGGAAACGAAUUUGAAACUAACCAACAGACUGGGACCUUGGCCGAGGAAGCAGCGGUUGUUCUGUCAACAAUGUUACAGUAUGUAGAUGUCUUUGUGAUAGAUGCCCCGAACUCUACGAACAGUCCAACUUGUGGAAACCCUCCACCACCAUCGGAAUGGUUGGAGGAUACGCUUAUUGAUCUUUACUUAUCUGGCUACAACAACAUAGCACUCAGUGCAGCUGAUACAGUGACAGUGCCCGUGGAAACCGAUGGAUAUAACUCCACAUUAGAAGCUAAUGCUUACAGCAACACUUAUGAAGUGGAAGGUGACUGGAACACAGGCCUAGAGGAUGAAAACGGCAUGGCUGAUGAUAAAAGAAUUGUAGAUGAAGUCGUAGCUUACAGUGAUACGUAUGAACUUGAAGAAGGUGAGUGGAUCCCAGAUCCAGAGGAUGAAAAUCACAUAGCUGAUACAAGUACCAUAGAUGAAGGCAUGUUGUUGGAUGAAGAAAAAUGGAGAGCUCAGUAUGGUCAAGUCAUUGAAUCAAGGAAAGAUUUGGUAUUAGAGUUUCCAGUUGUGGACUUGUGGGAUUGGGAAAUGAUUAGAACUUCCAAAAAAGAUGGAAAGGAUAGGACGGCAAAGUUGGUUGGAAAACUGGUUAAACGAUCUGCAAAGCGACACCCAUCUAUCUCAUCUAGUGAAAAGAAAUUUAAAUCUGCUCCUAUCUGUGAAGUGCAUCUCGAUCUGGUACGCGUCAAAACAGGGCAAGUAUAUAGAUUGCGAAAUCCUAGUGCAAGAUAUGUGACUUCAUUAUCAAGUUAUGAUUCUUCCAAUCCAACAAAAGAUUGGGACUUUCCUCAGCUAUCAUCUAAUACAAAUAGCGUGCAUGUCUCUAAGUCCGGUGAAAGUACUCCAUCCACUUCAAAUGAAAUUUCUACAGAGAAGGAAUUGCCAAGUCAACUUUCUGCAUCCAAGCAAAUAAAAAGUCAAUACAGAGAUCGUGCGGCAGAAAGAAGAAUCUUGCAUGGUGGCUUUGGUGUGGGUCCAGGACAGAAGAAUAUUUGUGGCGGUUAUGAUACGCCACCAUCACCUGAUGCUAGUCCACAAGAAGCUAAAGAAGAGGCCUUGAAGAUGUCAUUUGGGCCGGGAAGUUAUGCCAGGAAGCUUCUAGAAGGCAUGGGCUGGAAGGAGGGAGAAGGGCUUGGCAACUCAACAAAGGGCAUGGUGGAACCUAUUCAACCAGUUGGAAACACUGGUAGUGCAGGCUUGGGAUGGCCUCGUCGAAAUUAA